UUUUUUUUAAAUGACUUUUGAAGUCUUUGAAUGAGCUUUAUGUGGCGAAAGCUUUGUGUUCUUUCAAAGGAUUGGCCUUUUUUAAAUGGUGGAGCUUGAAUGAAGAUGAUGUUUUAAGGAACGUCGUUUAACAUUUUAUAUCAAACGUUAUUUUUGUUUCUGCAGGCAAGGGGAUUGAAGAAGCAUUUGAAGAGGCUUAAUGCCCCUAAGCAUUGGAUGCUUGACAAACUUGGUGGUGCCUUUGCUCCCAAACCAUCUUCUGGACCACACAAGUCGAGGGAGUGCCUUCCCCUUGUUCUUAUCAUCCGUAAUAGAUUGAAGUAUGCUUUGACAUACCGUGAGGUGAUUUCUAUCUUGAUGCAAAGGCAUAUCCAAGUUGACGGGAAAGUGAGAACUGACAAGACAUACCCUGCUGGUUUCAUGGAUGUUGUGUCUAUCCCAAAAACAAAUGAAAGCUUCCGUCUUCUGUAUGACACCAAGGGACGUUUCCGUCUUCAUUCCAUCAGGGAUGAGGAGGCAAAGUUCAAGCUGUGCAAAGUGAGAUCUAUCCAGUUUGGUCAGAAGGGUAUUCCCUACCUGAACACCUACGAUGGUCGCACUAUCCGUUACCCCGACCCGCUUAUCAAGCCUAAUGACACUAUCAAGCUCGACCUUGAGGCGAACAAGAUUGUUGAGUUUAUCAAGUUUGAUGUGGGCAACGUUGUGAUGGUUACUGGAGGAAGAAACAGAGGGCGUGUUGGUGUGAUUAAGAACCGUGAAAAGCACAAGGGAAGCUUUGAGACCAUCCAUAUUCAAGACUCAACAGGACAUGAAUUUGCAACGAGGUUAGGGAAUGUGUUCACCCUUGGGAAAGGAACAAAGCCAUGGGUGUCACUUCCGAAAGGAAAAGGUAUUAAGCUUACCAUCAUUGAGGAAGCUAGGAAGAGGCUUUCAGCUCAACAAGCCGCUUAAACUGUAUUGUUCUCCUUCAGUUUCUGAAAACUGUGUUUUGUUUUUCUGGCACCUCCUUUUUUGGUUAUGAGUU